AUGGCCUUAGCAAAUAAUACUGAUACCACGGAUGAUUAUCCUCAGCAACCCGCAGUCGUCAACUACACUACCUCGGAGGCCGGUAACCCCUUUGUAGAUGGCUGGUACGCGGAUCCAGACACAGCGAUCUACCAGGGUCGUUACUGGGUAUUCCCGACCUCGUCAUAUGUCUACGAGGAGCAAACUUAUCUUGACGCUUUCUCCAGCCUGGACCUGAUCGACUGGAUCAAACACCCUAAUAUCCUUACUACCAAGGACGUCACGUGGGCGAAAAAAGCAGUCUGGGCUCCCGCGCCAGCCUUCAGGGAUGGGAAGUAUUACAUCUACUUUGGCGCCAACGACAUCCAAGAAGGUGAACCAGAGCAAGGUUUCAUCGGCGGGAUCGGCGUGGCAGUCGCAGACCAACCACAGGGGCCGUACGUUGAUGCCAUCGGCAAGCCGCUCAUUGGCACAUACAACAACAGUGCACAGCCCAUCGAUCAGGACGUUUUCAUCGAUGAUGAUGGUCAAGCGUACAUCUACUACGGCGGGCACAGUCACGCGAAUGUAGCAAAGUUGAAAGAGGACAUGAUAUCCUUAGACACAUUCGAGGAUGGGACGACGUUCAAAGAGAUCACGCCUAAAGACUAUGUUGAAGGGCCGCAGAUGCUCAAGCGCAACGGGAAGUACUAUCUCAUGUGGUCGGAAGGCGGCUGGACCGGGCCUGACUAUCGAGUAUCCUACGCUGUGGCAGACUCACCACUAGGCCCGUUCUUAGGGGUGACCGGGACGAGGAUCUUGCAGCAAGACAGCGCUGUUGCCAAGGGUAGCGGGCAUAAUGGAGUGAUACAUGUUCCGGGAACCGAUAUCUACUACAUCGUCUACCAUCGCCGGCCGCUGAGCGAGAAUGCUGGCGAGCACCGUGUUCUCUGCUACGACCGCAUGUACUUCAACGAAGAUGGUUCCAUUAAGCCCGUCAAGAUGCUGGUAAAAGACAGCUUCACAGACGGCGAUAUGGUUGGGUGGAAGACCUACCCCGAGGGGUCGGAGGCGGAGGGUGCGCACGUAGUCGACAACAAGCUGGAAGUCAAGAGCCGCUCGAUGUCUGGCACUAUAGUCGCACUGGACACCAACUUCACUGACCAGACAUACGAAGCGACAGUGAUUUUAUCAAACAGCAGCGCCGACGUCGGCACUAGUGCUGGGUUGAUCUUUGGGGCCACAAACAUUGCCUCUGGCCCUUACAAGACAAACGGGUAUUACGCGGGACUCUCAGCUGCUGGCAGGGUGCUUGUCACGAACCUCGGCGACGGCACAUCGGUGCUCGUUGAAGGCGUGGACAUCAAGCCCGACAUUGAACAUCACGUCCGGGUUUCGGCAAUAGGUGCGAAUAUCAGCGUGUUCGUGAACGACUUUACGUCGCCUGUGUUGGCUUUGGAUAGCUCGACUCAUGCUGCAGGGACGAACGGGGUGGCUGCCUUCAACAUGACGGCUAGGUUUGGUAAUGUUUCGAUCGCGGAGGCAAGUUAAUUGGAUCGAAUCAUGAGUGUAUAUGUCUUCAAU